AUGCCUUCAAAGUAUCCUAAUAAAACAAGAACCUUGCCGAAUUCUGCGUCGAAUCCUUUCGAGGAGCAGCUGCAUGGCUGGCUUGGCUGCAACUGGAGUUUCAAGUCGAUGUUUACUGUUUUCGACCUAUUGGCCAGGAUAGCAAUUGAAGGAAUCAUCGAGAGGAAGUCAAGGACGUGUUUGUCACAAGCUGGGACGCAUACUAUCGACAUGCCUGGGGAUGUCUAUCAUCCCAUUGCCAAAAUUGGAGACCAAGUGAGUCCCAAUGGGCUCGGGUGGAUCAUCGUCCACAGUCUUGACUCCCUAAUGAUCAUGAAUAUAACUUCUCAGCUCUCUGAUGCUCGAGACUGGGUCAAUCAGGAAUUGUCCUACGACCAAGAUUAA